AUGCUGUUGUGCCCGAACGCUUUUAUGGACAUGUUUCUCUCCUUUGGCCUGGCUCUCCACAAGUCCCACACCCGUGUUGAUUACAUUGAGGGGCCUGCAAAGUUGAAGGGCCCUAGCCUACAUGAUGAACAAUUUGCUUCAACCACACUGUAUUCUUCUCCUACAAGUGACUACAUUUUCGGGUUCUCCGAGGCCUAUAUUCCUCCAGGACGGUAG